UUGAAAUUAUAGAGUGGGCACUCAAUCUCUGAUACUCUUCUUUUCAUUUGGUACACUUGCAAAUUUCUUUUCAGGAUUCAGUUUUUUCUUCAUUUUUCUCUGUCACCAAAAUUCUUUUCCCUUCCUUUCUCUCUUCUUAUUUAAACACUUCUUCUCCUUCUUCUUCUUUUCAUCCUUUAACCUUUAAAACCCAUUCCCCCCCUUUUUUUCUUCUAAUUUCACUGAAAAAGAACUGAAAAGAUGGGCAGCUUUCAAAAUUGGCACAGAAUCAAACAUGUCUCAAUUUCUUUGCUAUUCCUCUCUGUUUCCAUUCUCAUUCAUGUCACAUCCAUUGUUGAAGGCAGAGGAAUUCAGGGGUCAUUGACAACGGGACGAAGCGAGUCGCCGGAGACGGCGGCAGCGGAGGAGAAGGCGGGGAUGAUGAUGAGGAAUCAAAUAGGGUCAAGGCCACCAAGCUGUAGGAGGAGAUGUAGGGAAUGUGGCGGACAUUGUGAAGCAGUUCAAGUACCAGUGGCAUUACAUGAUUUAUCACAUCAAAAUCAAAGGAAAAAAAGAACAAGCAGAAGCAGCCAUUUCUCUGUUAAUUCAAAACAUGAUGUUGCUUUAUCUAGUGAAGAUGAGACCUCGAAUUACAAGCCUAUAAGCUGGAAAUGCAAAUGUGGGAAUUUCAUCUUCAACCCAUGAUUUUUUUUUUUCUUUUCUUCAAAAUUUUUUGAAUAAAAAUAGUAACUUGUAAAGAUGUAAAGGUGGAAAUCAUCAGUUCUCUUCUAAGUUUUAUCUCUGUUUUUGUGUUUUUGGGGAACUUUUUUUUUGGUGGGAAUGCUUGAAUUUCUGUGUUUCCCAUGACCGUAAGGGGAAGGAAGUCAUCAGGUUGAUGAAAAAUGCAGAGAUUUGGUGAUUGUGUGAAGGGAAAAAAGGGGUAAUGUAAUGAGAUUUUGAAUGUUUCAGAAGAGAGAGAAAUAGAGGUUUUAAUGACAGAAGU